AUGCAAAGUGAGAUAGACAUCCAGUACCUAAGUAUAAUUUUUUUUUUCAGAGACAUUUUUAGCUUUAAGUCAAAGGUCCGUAUAGAAUUAAAUCCUAUUGGUUCACUGCAAGAAUUAUGCGUAGCCCGUCACUUUCCAUUGCCCAUCUAUACUUUUUCUGAUGUGAGCUUACAGGAACAUAAUCCAAGAUAUAAUGUGGUGUGUUCCAUAUCUAUUUACAUCUCCUCAGGCAUAGCAUCAACUAAGAAAGCAGCUAAAAAAAAAGCGGCUUAUGAAAUGUAUAAGCAAAUAGAAAAAUUGACUUCAGAAGAUGUGCAUGAAGUUAUUGACAAUGAAUUUGAAAAGAAAGAUGUAUCUCAUAAAAUUGUGUCCUCUUUAUGUCAUGAAACGGUGACUAUUUUGAAGACCUUUUUUGGUGCAAUAAGUGAACCUCAAACGCCACAUUCACAAAGUAUGAUAAACCCAAAUAAAUGCAAGUUGACAGCUGUUGAUGCUUUGAAAAAAAUUUCAGAAAGAGAAAGUUUUACUUUAAAUUGUGACGUGAUUUAUAAAAAUAUCGAUAAAGUAGAAGUUUUGUUGAAGGCAAAUACUACUCCAAUUGUUGUGGUUUCAGAAGCAGGAAAAAAUGAAAACGAGGCUCAAGAAUCUGCUGCUUAUUUUAUUUUGGCAUACUUAAAAAUAAAACUUCGUAUUUAGUAAUAGAAUUAAAAAAAAACAUGUAUUAAG